CUGCACACUCACUGCCCUGUGUCUCUCUCAGCUGAAGUUAGCACAGUCUUCUGUUCACCUCCAGAGUUCCUUCUCCUCCGUCUCCAGCAAAAUGAGUUUCUCCUCAUCCUACAGCGUCCGCUCCUCCAGCCAGGGGCCCUCGGGGUACGUCUCCCAGACCCGCUCGGCUCCCACCAUCUACCGAGCUGCCAGCAUUUUCGCGGGGGCCGGGGGUAGGGGGGCUCGUGUCUCCUCCGCCCCCAUGGGCACCCUUUCUUCCAACAUCCAGGUGAGUGCCAGCAGCGAUACGGGUGCCAUCAUGGGCAACGAGAAGAUGGCCAUGCAGAACCUCAACGAUCGGCUGGCCAGUUACCUGGAGAUGGUGCGAAACCUGGAGCAAGCUAACAGCCAGCUGGAGAUCAAGAUCCGGGAGGCCCUGGAGAAGAGCGGCCCGGAAGUCCGCGACUACAGCCGGUACAACGCCAUCCUGGAUGAGCUGCGCAAGAAGGUGUUCGAUGCGACGGUGGAUAAUGCUCGUCUCGUGCUCCAGAUUGACAACGCACGCUUGGCUGCUGAUGAUUUCAGGAUCAAGUAUGAAUCUGAGCUUUCCAUCCGGCAGUCAGUCGAGGCCGAUAUCGUAGGUCUCCGGAAGGUGAUCGAUGACACCAACAUCGGCCGCAUGAACCUCGAGAGCGAGAUCGAGGCUCUGAAGGAGGAGCUGAUCUUCCUCAAGAAGAACCAUGAUAGUGAAGUUCUGGAGCUGCACAACCAGAUCUCUCAGUCGGGAGUGCAGGUGGACGUGGACGCCCCCAAGGGACAGGACCUGUCUCAGGUCUUGGCAGAGAUCAGAGGCAAAUACGAGAAAAUGGCACAGAAGAACCAGGAAGAGCUGAAAGCCUGGCAUGAAACGCAAUUAUCAGAGGUCCAAGUGCAGGUGACGCAGAACACAGAGGCCCUUCAGGGUGCCGUCACAGAGGUGAAUGACCUCCGCAGGCAGGUGCAGACGCUGGAGAUUGAGCUGGAGUCUCAGAAGAAUCUGAAAGGCUCCCUGGAAGGAACACUGCAUGACACGGAGCUGCGCUACAACAUGGAGGUGGAGAAGUACAACACCAUCAUCGUGCAGCUGGAGGCCGAGCUGACGCAGCUGCGCAGCAGCAUCCAGCAGCAGUCUCAGGAAUACGAGACCCUGCUGAACAUCAAGAUGAAGCUCGAGGCUGAGAUCGCCACAUACAGGAGGCUGCUGGAUGGCGGCGACUUCAAGCUACAGGAUGCCCUGGAGGACCAGAAGACCACCAAGACCAAAGUGAUGACUGUGACACAGACCCUGGUGGACGGGAAGGUGGUGUCCACGGAGACGAAAGAGAGGACAACAUAAACGUCCAAAGCCACUCACGCCCCUGCCCCAUUCCCAAAAGUGCAGCAUAGUACUACACUUUUUCAGCAACCAAUGACACACCAUGUCUUAUAAGUAUUUAUUGCCAUAUCAUAUACGGGUGUCAGAUUCCAGUCCUGGGGGGCCGGAACCCUCCACAUUUUUGGGUUUCCCCUCAUUUAACACAUCUGAUUCAACUGCUUAUGCUAAUUACCACACAGCUCUUGAGCUGAAUCAUUUGUGAUGGUACAGGGAAAGAUACACAGGGCUCCAGCCCCCCAGGACUGGAGAUUGACUCCCCUCCCCUAGAUGUAUCAAAUUAAAAAAUAUGGUGAAAAAAUAUGAUUCAGUAGUUAUAGUACAAACGAUGGCCAUUUCCUGCAUUUGGUCAUUUGACCCCUUCCAACCACUGUUACAGAUUUUAUAAUCAUCAACCAAGACUGUAAACUGUUAAUCACUUGUAUGGGGUGUUUUCGUCUCAAUAAAGGUGCUUGAGUACAUUUUUA